CUGGAGCUACAUCAAAGAAGAACUUGCAUCUCUCUGAGAUGAUGCUCCCAGACCUUAGGGUGUGCCCGUGUCUGGAGAAGGGUGGGGCCCCUAGAUGGGCUGCGGAGUCAACCGGCCACAGGAUUGGGGGUUCGCCUGGCUAGCGGGAGUGGGACUGCUGAUCGCUCUUCUGAGCGCAUUUGGCUGCUGCGCCCAGGCCCCAGGCUUGAGCAUGGCGGCGGAAGGGGACACCUUGGUCUCAGUGGAUUAUGAAAUUUUUGGGAAGGUUCAAGGGGUGUUUUUCCGCAAGUACACUCAGGCUGAGGGUAAAAAGCUAGGUUUGGUAGGCUGGGUCCAGAACACGGAUCGGGGCACGGUGAAAGGACAACUGCAAGGUCCCAUCUCCAAGGUGCGCCCCAUGCAAGAAUGGCUGCAGAGAAGAGGAAGCCCCAAGUCACACAUUGACAGAGCAAACUUCAACAAUGAGAAGGUCAUCUCAAAGUUGGAUUAUGCAGAUUUCCAAAUUGUAAAAUAAUGACCUGCAUUUUCAUUUUUUCCAAAAAUCACCUCACUUCUUUUUAUUGAUACAGAACUAUUCUGUGCUUAGAAUUUGUCAGUAAGUUAUUUUAGCUGUCAAAGUUACUGUGUAUUACAUGUAUGAUGAAAUACAAUUGUGUACAAUUCUGACCAAUAAAAACACAUUAGCACCUUGA